CAGAAAUAGACAACACAAAACGUGUGUUUGUUAUCAUUAAGGAAUUUAAAUGUCUCUGUCUCUAACAUUAUAAUUAUUGAUUAGCUGGAUUAAUAUUUAAAUGUUAAAUUUAAUUCACAGUAUUUACACACAUGUGUUAAGAAAUUUUCACAAGCAUUAGUCAAAUGAAAGAACACGUUUUUGUAUUAACUAAAUGUAAUCUUUAUUGUUAGAUGUGUGUUGUGAUCAUUAUUUGUUUAUUAGCCCUUCUAUUCACAUGCGAAGGGGAAAAAAACAUUCUAUUCAUUCAACGAUACUUGAUCAAUUUGUGUUAAAAAGACACUAGUCAUUAAUAAAGAAAAAUAAUUCAUUGGAGUAAAUGACAAAAAAUAUACCAAUUAUAGUAAUUUUAAAAUAUCGUCACCAGAUUACAGAUCCUAUUCAUAUCACACUAUUUUCCUCACAGUGACGAAUGAUUUAUCGCUAAUUAUGUAGCGAAAAAGAGAAACUGAAAAAAAAAAUCUAUCAUUUUUUUAUAAUAAAAUUAACUGGAUUCAUGCUGUGUUUGUUUUGAAAUAUCACUUCAGUAUCAGCAUUUGAAAAAAAAUUUGCUCAUGUGUUAUUCUAAUAAGUGCAUUCAUGAAGGACUUUUGAUGCAAUUGGUGUUAAAAGUUCACAAACAAAGUUACCUAGUAAAAAUUUUAAAAAAUAUCACCGUAUACAGAUUAUUGAUGGCAUAACUUUUAUUUAACUUUUUACAUAAUUUUAUGGAUAAAUAUCAAUUGUGUGGUGUAGUGAAAAUGGUCUAGUAACUUUAUUGUAUACACUGAGCAUGUGAGCAAUAAUCAUCAUAAUUUUCAUUUGUACCAUAAAAAGGCCUUACACAUUUUCAUAGUCUGUUUGAUAAAGUAUUUAUACAUUAUAUGCUUCUUAAGGUUUCUGUUUCUUUGUACCUUGCUAUUUAAUGUUAGCUUGGUAUCCACAUAGCCUUAAUAUAUUUGUUUGCAAUUCCGGGCUGAAAAGUUCAAGCAGAUUAUAUCAAUUUAAUUACUUAAUUGUAAUGAAAAGUUAUUGCUUGGUUUUUUUAAUAUAUGGUGUUUCAAUAUUGUUUUUUAAGUUUUGAUAACAGUUCAAAUAUUUCUAUUGCCUUUGCUUCCAAGACAUUAUUAGUUUUUUAUCUUCAACUUCUUAUUUAAAUUUCAUUAUUUUAUUUAAAGUAAUAUUGUUUUUGGCUUUGUAUGUAAAGGUGUUUAACAACAGGAUUAUUAUAUUGUACACAAUAUAGCAUAAAAGAUAUAUACAAUAUGAGUCUUAAAACAGAGAAUGAUUUUAAUAAAUUAAGCUCUUAUACCCGUAAGAAAACUUUUUUAUGUAAAGAAUGCAAUAUGAGUUUUUCAUCAAAUUAUUUUCUAGUUGUUCACAGUCGUGUUCAUACUGGUGAGGAACUUUACACGUGCAAUAUAUGCAAUAAGGCAUUUACUGUUAAGAGUUGCCUUAUCAGGCACUGUCGUAUUCAUACCGGUGACAAGCCUUAUUCUUGUAACACAUGUAAUAAGACUUUUUCUCGAAAGAAAAAUUUAACUGAUCACGAACGUGUUCACACAGGUGAAAAACCUUAUUCUUGUAAUAUAUGCAACAAAAGUUUUUCUCAGAAGAGUAAUCUGACUGCCCAUAGAAAUGCAGUUCAUACUAAUGAAAAAUAUUUUCUUUGUAAUGUGUGUAAUCGGGGAUUUUCAACGAAGGGUUCUCUAACUGCUCAUAGUUGGACUCACGUGGAAGAGAAACCUUUUUCUUGUACCAUCUGUAAUAAGAGUUUUUCACAAAGUGGUUCUCUAACUGUUCACCUUCGUGUUCAUACUGGUGAUAGACCUUUUUCUUGUAGUGUAUGUAAUAAGAGUUUUUCAAAGAAAAGUAAUCUAACAGAGCACAGUCGCAUCCAUUUGAAGAAGAAGAAAAAAUCCUAGUCCCAGGAAGGUCAUUUAACUACUCAUUGCUAGACUGUUAUUUGUGAAACUUUAUCCUUGUAAUACAGUUUGCUUUCUGCUGAACAACUUUGAAGAGACUGUGAAAAAAGGUCCUUAAGAGUGUGUCCUUAAUCAGAAUUUUGUGAAAAAAUAAUAUUUGGAAAACUUUUUUUUCUUUGUGGUUCUGCAAGGAUAGGACUUGUGAAUUAAUUUCAUUUCAAAUUAAUGGGUUAUAAAUGUUUUUUUUCUCCCAACUAGUACACAAAUGAUGUUGACAAGAAUAAAAUAGAAUGACAAAAAAUAAUAAUAAAAUAGUGCAAGAAUAAAAUCAAUCAUAAGAAAAAAAUGUUGAUUGCCAUAAUUACUGCCUGGUCCUCAGUUUUAAGCCUAUUAAAAGAUCAUCCGUUCUUCACUUAGAACAUUAGUGGAAAAAUUAUAACAUUAGUAGCAGUUUCAUCUGUGUAAGAGAGCAUUGGUGGCUCAAUUAUUUUUAAAUUUUCAGAAUCAUUAUCUUUAUCGUCAUUAUAAUUUAUAAUGUCUUCAAAAAUGUCAUCUAUAUGUCUUAAAUCAGUUGUUUAAAUAUCAUCAUCACAGUCGAAAAAAUCCUCUUAAUGAAAUAUUUUCCCCAUUUUUCUCGACUCUAUCAGAUUUAAAAUUAGUUUUUGAUCACAGAAAAUCUCCUAUUAGAGAUAAAGAAUUAAAAAAGAAAAAAAAAAUUCUACGUGUUAUAAAAUUUCAUCUAUGAAGAGAGACACAGUCGUCUUUAAAGAUUUUUCUACCAUGUAGGAUCUGAAACCAUAACAUAUUUUUUUUUUAGAUAAAGACUGUUGUUAACUAGAGCGACAUUAAACAGAGAUUUAUGAAAAGUUUUUCGUUGUUAAAAGUCGUCAUUUGUUAUUAAAGGUUUUCUUGAUGUAAAACUUCGUACUUUUUCCAUACCUGUGUGCAUAUUGGUUAUUCCAAAAUGACUGCCAUUUAUUUAUAUUUUUGGAAUCCUUGCAAAUUGCUUACAUUCACAUUAAACAAGUUUUAAUUUUACUUGGGAAAAACAUUUUCAUAUUCUAAUAAGUCAUUAUCAAGGUUAAUGAGAGAAAUACAGGGAUUAAUAUCUGAAAAGUUAGAUAAAAAUAAUAAAUUGUCUGUACAAGUGUCUGCAAACUCAUUAUAUUCCUUGAUAAUAGAGAGAUUUUAUCCUGAAUACUAAAAAUAUAUUAAAAAUCUAUAAAUACCUGCUUGCAUUAAAAAAAAUUAAUGUAUAAUUAGUAUGUGAGGAUAAAUAUUAACAGUGAGGGGAUUUAAUUUUGGACUAUGUCAACCUUCAUCUAUCAAAAGGUACCUCAAUAAUAUUUGUAGUAGUAGUUACGCCACAUUACUCCCCUUCCAGAAUUUUAUCUGUGA